AUGCAGCUGGUGCAAGCUUAUACUGCAAAAGAUGUUAAGCAAGCAAUGUUUAGCAUUAAUGAGAAUAAGAGCCCUAGGCCAAAUAGUUAUGGUAGUGGUUUCUUUAGAGCUGCUUGGAAGGUGAUUGGGAAUAAUGUGUGUGAUGUUAUACUGGAGUUCAUGAGUAAUAGGAAGAUGCUGAAGCAACUGAAUACAACUAUGAUCUCAAUCAUCCCAAAGGUAGCUAAACCUGAAUUUGCUAUGAGUGACACUCGAGCUACAUUUGUGAAAGGCAGAUCACUUGUGCACAAUGUACUGAUGUGUCAUGACAUUUUGAGACGUUACAAUAGGAAAAAUUCCUCUGCUAGAUGCCUAAUGAAAAUUGACCUAAGGAAAUCUUAUGAUAUGGUCAAGUGGGAGUUUGUGGAGGAAAUGCUUGAGGGAUAUGGAUUUCCAGACAAGUUCAUUCAACUGGUAAUGGUGUGUAUCAAUACAACAAGAUUUUCAGUCAAAGUGAAUGAAGAGGGAUGUGGAUACUUUGAAGGAAGGAGAGGGUUGAGACAGGAGGAUCCUAUCUCACCCCAACUCCUUGUGCUACUGAUGGAUUAUUUGUCUAGGAUCUUAAGGAAGAUGAGCCAAUUACCUGAUUUCUGA